UGUCACUCAAAAUCCCUCUUUUUCCGUUCCCUAUCAAUCAAACAAUCUGGGCCGCACGCAAAAAUGCCCCGGGGCGAGGAGCACGGACCUAGUCAGGGUAGCGGAGGGUGUUUUAAGAAGGGUGGCAGAAGCAGCACAGCUACGGGGGAAAAAAACUAUACAAGGGAGGGGGGUAAAAAUAUGUCGGCAUUUUGGGGGCAGAGGAGGAUUGUGGAAAAGCAAAGGGCGAGAGCUAGAAACGAGGCCCGACAGCUGUAACGUUAGCGUGUAGGGGAGGGGAAGGAGAGGGCAGCUGUCCCCGCAUGAGUGAUUGACUGAUGGGGGAAGGAUUUGAGGAUCAACCGGGCUAGCCUGGUGUGCAGUCUAUGCUUAGUAUUGUUGCAGUCGAAUUACUAUACACAGCUGACAAGACAUACAUAUUAAUUUACAAUGUUAAUUGUUAACGCUGAAGCGAGCGGUGGUGUCUUAUUUCGACAAAAGCUCCAUUCGUAUCAAUUCGCAGCAGGGUCUCUUUUUUUGUACCUGGCUAGCUAGAUUAGCUUGUUUUUGGCAGUGAUUCCCCUCGCUAAAUAUGGCGCUUUGCAUUUUGGCUAUACAGUACGAGCAUGAAUAACACUUUAAAGUUAACAGUUAGCUACCUUGCUAAUGUUAGCUCGGCCGAACGAUUGCCUUAGGUUAACCACAGAUUGGGUGCGCAAGCUAACGCUAAAUGUAUAAAUGUAGCUAAAUAUCGAGGGAAAACAAGGUUUGUUUUAACUGAGGUACUGAGUUUACGAACAAUGUUGUCCCAGUUAAAGGAUAGUCGGCCAAUGUUAGCCCAAAAGAUUUGUUAAACUUUUAUCUUCCCUUGCCGCCUCGAUCGGUGUCUGGAGCUAACGCAGGCUAAAAAGCUAUGUCGUGGUGGGUGUGUUAACAGCGGUUGAAGGGUAACGCUAACAUAAGCUCACUAUUAUCAUUAUAACAUACCUUAGGUUCUCAAUGUCAGUCUCCUGUCGUUUUUAAGAGUGGCCCAUAUAAGCUAUAUGGAACUAAAUUAGUAAACCCUGACCAAAUGAUUCUUGUCCGAGUUUUGUUUUGAGGGUCCCACUAUGUUACCUUGAUUUGCCCAGAUGUGUAUGCAUUUACGGUCGGCCACCUAUCCCUUCUCUCUAUAAUGCCCCAGUGUUUGCAGCGUCUGCAGUGAACGUGAUGGCAGCCCAGUCGGUUUCCAUAGACAAGUACCCAAAGGGCGAGCAGCAGAUGCAAGGUGUAGUGAAAGUAGACAGCGAUUCGGAGCAGAAGUUUAUUGAGGGGACAUUGGCAGAGGUGCCCAGCCCAGCACCCACAGAGCCACAGACACCCAUGGACGCAGACAAAGCAUCCAUUUAUCGGCAUCCCCUGUUCCCUCUAUUGGCCCUGUUGUUUGAGAAGUGUGAACAGUCUACACUGAGCUCUGAAUGCAUCACCUCAGCAAGCUUUGAUGUGGACAUUGAGAACUUUGUCCGCAAUCAGGAGAAGGAGGGGAAACCAUUCUUCAGUGAAGACCCUGAACUUGACAACCUGAUGGUGAAAGCCAUCCAGGUGCUGCGAAUCCAUCUGCUGGAGUUGGAGAAGGUGAGUGAUCUGUGUAAAGACUUCUGCAGCCGCUACAUCGCCUGCCUCAAGACUAAGAUGAACAGUGAGACCCUUCUGAGUGGAGAGCCGGGAAGCCCAUAUUCCCCUGUACAAGGCCAGGCUCAAAGCUUUUCACCCACCAAGACUCAGACCCCCAGUUCCAUCUCGGGGACCAUCAGCCCCCAAGGUCAAAUUGUAGUGCCAGCAUCAGCCCUGCAGCAAGGAAAUGUUACUGUGACAGCUGUCAACCCAACCCAGGUGGUCGCAGGUAUGUCGCCAUGGCAUACAACCCCUUCCUCAGGUGGCACAGUGUACCAGCCAGUCACAGUCGUCACUCCUCAGGGCCAGGUGGUAACACAGGCUCUUUCUCCUGGGACAAUACGCGUCCAAAACAAUCAGCUUCAGCUGCAGUUUCACCAGGACUUGAACCUCUUUAAUCAUGAUGACAGCUCAACCAAGAACAAGCGGGGUGUUCUACCCAAACAUGCCACCAAUGUCAUGCGUUCGUGGCUCUUUCAGCACAUUGGGCAUCCCUAUCCUACAGAAGAUGAAAAGAAACAGAUUGCCACUCAGACAAACCUGACACUUCUGCAGGUCAACAACUGGUUUAUAAAUGCACGGAGACGGAUCUUGCAGCCCAUGUUGGAUGCCAGCUCCUCUGAGACACCCAAAGCCAAGAAGAAAACGCCUCAAAACAGGCCACUGCAGCGCUUUUGGCCGGACUCCAUCGCAGCAGGCGGAGGGAGCCAGCAGCAAGUUACCAUGCCAGAUGGUACAAUGGUGACCAUGAACGUUGAGGGCCUGCAGAGCCUGACAUCAGACGGCGCCACGCUGGCAGUACAGCAGGUUAUGCUGGGAGGCCACAGUGAAGAUGAAUCAGGGGACAGUGGAGAUGAGGAUGAUGACACAGAUAUGGCUGGGCUGGGCCUGGACAACAGCGACUCGUUGCAGUAGAGGACACAAUCCCUCACACACUGAUCUACACAUUCACAAGACAUGCAUAAAUAGGUCUACAGAACACAGGUGCAGGAGGUUUACAUAGAGCACAAAAGCACAGGACCUGCCGGAAAAUGGUCCUAAACUCUUCCAACCCUUCAUCCUGCUGAACUGCUGUAUGCUUUGUGUGUGUGUGUGUGUGUGUGUGUGUGUGUGUGUGUGUGUGUGUGUGUGUGUGUGUGUGUGUGUGUGUGUGUGUGUGUGUGUGUGUGUGUGUGUGUGUGUGUGUGUGUGUGUGUGUGUGUGUGUGUGUGUGUGUGUGUGUGUGUGUGUGUACAUCAGGAGUUUCAUUUCAGAGACCGUUUAUUUUCCCAUUAAAUUUAGUUGAGUGCACUUUUUUGUAUAUUUAAGCUCAAAAAGAUUAAAUCAAACGGAAAAAAUAAGUGUUAAAAACACAUAAGGCAAAUUUUUAUGCCGUCUUAGUAAAUCUUGAUUGACUUUAUUUUUCCUUCCUUUCUUUUUUUUUGCCGCUGUACCUUUUCCCCAGUUGAAUUAUAAUUUUGGAUGCCAACACAGGUUGUAUCUGUAAGGGUUUGUCUUCACUUUUUGCAUGCUUGUGUUUUGAGUAAAUGUACACACUCUUACAAUUUAUUCCAUGGCUCUCCAACAGGCUCCCACCGGCCAAACAGAGAACAAGUGGAAAGAUUGAAAAGAAAAAAAGAGGAGAAAUGCUUAUUUUUAUAUACAGACAUGAAAUUUGUGUGUUUUGUUUCAUUUUUGUGUUCACUUGUUUUGUAAGGAAUAUUAAUGUACAGAUAUUAAUGUACAGAUUCAUAAUUGAAGCUAGCAACCCUGUUUUUCAGGGUUAUGUGAAGUUUUCUAAAUAACAUAAAAAGGAAUUGAAUGCUCAUGAAAAUUGCUAUUCAAAUUGGUUUUAACUUACAAUACUAACAAGGCCUUAUCUGUUCUUUUCUAGAGAUUUCUAGCUAAGAAGCACAUAAAGAAAAUCCGACCCUUGGAGAAAUUGGUCAAAAAGACACUAAACUACGCAACACUUUUGUGCUCUGUAAAGCAUUGUUAAUACUUUUAUUUUGUGUACUGCAAUACCCCAGUUGUCUGAAGAUGUUAUCUUACACAGUAAUGUGACUGCAGUGCUUCAGCAUUUUAGAAAUAUACAGUUCAAGUUUUACUCACAUUGUGUAUACCAUACAUCUUUUAAUCAUUUUUACAAUAGUUGCGUAGGCACCACUUUCUCAAAUCCACAAUUCAGAACACUAUGCUAAAUCACAUGGUCCUGAGAUGGAAAGCCCUGGUAGGGCAGUUCCUCAGUGAGAUAUGUAAUCUAUCAUCAAGAGGCAGUGUAUGUUUUGCUCACAUUCAACUUUUAUUUAUGUACAUGUAUAUGCUACUGCAUUGAAAACAGAGAGCAGUUGGAAAGCUAGUCCUUGUUUAUAGCCUGCCUGAAGGAAUGAGAGUAAGCGCUGUACCCUCUGUUGGCCCCCCUGCCACUACAGACGAUGUAGUGAAAAAUCUGAAAUCUCAUUAGCAAAAUGUUGAUAUUACUGCACAAAUUGGGGUGCCUCUUCUUUAGAUAACUGUAAUAAUGUACUGUACAACAGUUUUCUGUUAAUAGAUGCAGUAAUCUUUUUUUCUAUCCUUGUAAAGUUGAGACCCGGUUGAUUUAAUAUGGCCUGAGGGUUUAGUGACUCUGGGUGGGCCUUUGUUGAGCUCUCGGUUCUUCACUUGUGUCUGUCUUGCUUUAUAUGAAGCGUUGUUCACUUUUCUCUUGUUUGUUUUGCCUUAGAGCUUUCUAUUUUGGAAUAAAUGAUGCCCAACUCUC